AUGCCCCACAUACGCACACAACUGAUCCUUGUGAUCAUCAGUCUUUUGGGCUAUCACGCACGCAUCGAUGCGCAAAAUACAGAACCACCUUGUAGUUUUCCUGGUUCACCAGCCCACAGCACAGUCGUAUUUUCCAGCGCGAACUUGACGCAUGGCACUGUUGCAUCCUAUACAUGCGAGCGCGGCUUCGAGUUGCUGGGACCGGCGCGACGUGUUUGCGAUAAAGGCACAUGGGUGCCGGAUGGCAUACCAUUUUGCGUUCUCAAUGUCGCCGCCGGCAAAGCACCAAUGCAAAUCUCUACCGAUGGCCCCGGUGCACCACAAAAAGCUAUUGACGGCUCUACAUCGGCAUUCUUUACACCGGAAACCUGUUCACUUACCAAGCCAGAACGUUCACCCUGGUGGUAUGUGAACUUACUAGAGCCUUAUAUGGUGCAAUUAGUGCGUUUGGACUUCGGCAAGUCUUGCUGUGGCAACAAACCCGCCACGAUUGUGGUGCGCGUCGGCAACAAUCGUCCCGAUCUUGGCACUAAUCCGAUUUGCAACCGUUUCACGGGUCUGCUCGAAGAGGGUCAACCGCUAUUUUUGCCUUGCAACCCACCCAUGCCCGGUGCUUUUGUCUCCGUACAUUUGGAGACGAACACACCAAAUCAAUUGUCCAUUUGCGAGGCUUUCGUCUACACCGAUCAGGCACUGCCUAUUGAACGCUGUCCCACCUUCCGCGAUCAGCCGCCUGGUGCGCUCGCUUCGUACAAUGGCAAAUGUUACAUCUUCUAUAAUCGUCAGCCAUUGAACUUCUUGGAUUCACUUUCAUUCUGUCGCUCACGUGGUGGCACGCUGAUCAGCGAGAGCAACCCAGCGCUACAGGGUUUUAUCAGCUGGGAAUUGUGGCGUCGUCAUCGCACCGAUAUUAGCUCACAAUACUGGAUGGGUGCUGUACGUGAUGGCACAGAUCGUAGCACCUGGAAGUGGGUGAAUGGUGAGGAAGUAGCGGUCUCAUUCUGGAAUCAUCCAGGUGGUGAUGAAGAUUGCGCACGUUUCGACGGCUCGAAGGGUUGGCUCUGGAGUGACACCAACUGCAAUAUGUUGUUGAAUUUCAUAUGCCAACAUCAGCCAAAGACUUGCGGUCGUCCAGAGCAGCCACCCAACUCAACAAUGGUCGCAUUGAACGGCUUCGAAGUGGGUGCUCAGAUCAAUUACUCUUGCGAUGCGAAUCACUUACUUGUGGGGCCGGCUACACGCACGUGCUUGGAGACAGGUUUCUACAAUGAAUUCCCACCGGUUUGUAAAUAUAUCGAAUGUGGAUUGCCCGCUUCUAUCCCGCAUGGCUCAUAUGAUCUGAUUAAUGGCACCGUCGGUUAUCUCAGCGUAGUGAAGUAUGCUUGCGCUAAGGGCUAUGAGAUGAUUGGACGUGCCAUACUUACUUGCGACUUUGAUGAGCGCUGGAACGGACCACCGCCACGUUGUGAAAUCGUCGAGUGCGACACACUGCCAGGCAACUACUACAACACCAUCAUAUCCGCACCGAAUGGCACAUACUACGGUUCGAAGGCAGAGAUCUCCUGUCCAUCCGGUUAUCGUCUCGAAGGUCCACAAGUGCUCACCUGCUUGUCUACCGGGCAAUGGAGCAGCGCAUUACCGCGUUGCGUACGUCUCGAACCUUCUACACCAGCACCGACGCUACCACCAACACGUCCACCAACGCAACCGCCCACAGCAUCACCGGCUCCGCCGUCGACCACUCCUUACAAACCACGCAUUACCUCUACUUCAAGACAGCCAUCUUACAAACCCACCACCAGCACUACCACGACCACAAGCACCACAGCGCAACUGGAUCUACUUGGUGGCGACUCUGAUGAAGAGGUCACCUAUGUUGUACCCGGCACGGUGCGUGAAGAAUUUCCACCACGUCGCACCCUACGACCAGUAUCUAUACCGAAACGUCCCAGCACCACACCGGCAUAUCAUGCGCCAACUACAACGACUACAACCACAACAACUGCCCGACCACGUCUUUAUGCGCCCGUGGAGUCCACCACUCGCAACACUCAGAACAUUAUUCUUAACGCACAUCCACAGGAUAAUGAAAUCGCCGAUAGCGUCAAUAUUCGACACAAUCAAUCGCCGAAUGUCAAUGUACCGUUCGCUGUGGACAAUGCCGAUCGCAAGGAGACAAAGGAGGUUAAACUCAAUUUGGGCGCCAUUGUCGCUUUGGGCGCUUUCGGGGGUUUCGUUUUCCUCGCUGCCGUCAUCACAACAAUCAUCAUUUUGGUGAGAAGAAAUCGCACUACCCAACACUAUCGCCAUCGCGCCUCGCCCGACUGCAAUACAGUGGCCUCAUUUGAUAGCUCUACAUCGGGUUCACGUAAUGGUCUGAAUCGUUACUACCGCCAAGCUUGGGAAAAUCUACAUGAAUCUGCUUCGAAGAGCAGCACACAACACGCUUUACGCCGCAAGGAUACGCUUGAUCCACCCACUAUGCACUCUCGUGACAAUUUACGCGAUAAUAUGCAGCGUUCCAGAGAGAACCUCGAUCGUGUCGGUCGUGAGAACUACGGCAUGCGUGAUAACUCUGAAAUGGUCGUUUCCGAUGUCCGUCUAAAAGCUGGCGAAAAGAAACGCCACCACCACCAUCACCACAAGAGCAGCACACGCAAUGGCGAAUAUCGGGAUCAAUCGGCUGGCAGACGGGAGCACCAUAGACAUAGCGGCGAACAUUAUUGACCAACCAUGGUGAUUACCAUAAAUGUGGAUCGAGAAGCCGAUACUUUUACACGAUACAUUUACACAUGAACAACGAACAUUUUUCAUUUUAAGCACAAAUUAUUAAGAGUAAAUGUAUUUUUGUUAAUAUUACCGCUAUGUUAUGUGCAAUUUAAGCUAAGUGAGUGGCAGUACGACAAACAAAUACUUAGCGCUAACAUUUCUAAUAGUUAAUAUGUAAAGCGAAAAACAUAAGCAGUCAGUAGAUUACCCUUAAAAAUUACGUUGAAGGAAUAAAAGCGUUGGUUUAAGAUGGCGUGUAGGGCAGUUGCAAGAAGAGAUGAAAUAAUGCAAAUCAAUUUGUUUGUUGGAUUAGUGUUUUCAUUUAUAGCUCACUUUUUUGUUUUAACUUAGUUCGAGUUUAAUUAGUUUUAAUUUGUGCACAAAGUAAAACAGAAAUAGAAACAGAAACUGUGACAGAAACAGAAAUUGUUUCAGAAACAGAGAUGUAACUAAAACAAAAAAUGUAACUGUAACGCAAAUAGAAAAAAAAACUGUAACAGAAACAGUUAUUAUAAUAACAACAGAAACAUAACACUAUCUGAAACUAUGUAACUGUAACUAAAGUGGAAACAAAAAUUGCAAAAGAAAUAGAUCUAAAUCUGAAACUGAAACUGAAAAUGUAACUGUGAAGGAAAAAGCAAACAAAAACUGUAACGGAAACAGAAUAUAUAACAGCAACAGAAAAGUGAUGAUCACUGUAACAGCAAGUUUUCUCCAAAAAAAUUUAACUAUAAAUUUCUCUGCACCUAAUCAAUCAUUCUACUGCUCACUUUCUUAUAUCCUGUCACGACUUAUUUCUACUUCUUUUAUUUUCCAUAAAUUAUGAGUAGCUUGGUUGAGUUUAAAUUUCUCUUUGCAUAUUUUUAAGCUAAAUCGAUUUAUUCAUAGUAACCAUACAAGAAAAAGGAAAAUCUGUUAGUCUUUUAUUAGCAAAAGAAAAUCCACAUUUAAUCUUUUUAUGUAUUUAUUUACAAUCAACCUUCACACACACACACACA